AUGCAAUCUAUUCACAGACUUGCGCCAGAGGAUUGCAAGAAAAUUCACUCCCAAGUAGUCAUAAGAUCUAUUUUGGACGUCAUUCGUGAAUUAGUUCAUAACUCAAUUGAUGCUGGUGCCUCAUGCAUUUCGAUCAAGAUAAAUCUUGAAUCUUUGAGCGUUUGUAUUGAAGAUAAUGGAACAGGGAUCUCUGUUUCUGAUAUGGGUCAAGUGGGAAGAAGAUACUACACAAGUAGAGCUUCCCAGGUCGAAACUUCGAACACAUUGCCUCAAGAACUGACGAAUAUGAUGCCCCCAGAGCUCACACGAAGCUUAGGGUUUAAGGGUGAGUCAAUUUCUUCAAUCGCAACCUUAUGCUCCAAAUUAGUCAUCCUUUCUGCUGUAAAGAAUGUCGUUCAUUCUAUGGUUGUUGAUGGUGAGAACUCAUCGUGCUUGAUAAAUUUGCUUUUAGAGUUUUUCAUGGUGAAAGUACCGACACAAGGUUCUAUAAUUAUUGUAAGCAGACUUUUCCACAAUGUACCUGUGCGAAGAAAAUAUCAUAAAGAGCAUUUUGGGAAAGACUUC